AAUGCCUGCACGUUGUGUCCUCAAUGGUCUGCAGACUGUUCCCAUUCCCCCAGAACUGGCUGCAUUAGACCUACUUAGUAGACAGCUUAUCCAGAGGGCCAAGUGCUAUCAGACUGUUGUGAGAUUAGGUACUUACACUGGUAAAGUGCCCAGAUACAAUUCCCUGCAGGCCUGCAAAGGCACAAUGUUUUUCCUUCCCUUGCCACUAAACAAGACCAUAGAAACCUUAAACAAGGUUCAACAGCAUACCUCUCUCCUACCAGACCCAGAGUUGUACAUUAUUGUCAAUGGUAGGCCAACCAAGAGUAAUGUUGUGUGGCGUAGUUUGGUGGAUGUGAACCAUGUUAAGACUGCAAUAAGAAAGUUGAGGUCUUGUAACUGGCUCUACAGAGAUGUUCAUGAGAAAUGCAUUGAUGAGAGCACUAAACACAUCAUUGAGGUCUCUAACAAUGCAACCACAGAAAUGUUGAAAAAGGUUUCCCCAGAUGAGGUAGAUGAAAACCUGGAUAGCAAGCUCUCCAUUGGUUCAGACUUAGAGCAGUACAGACUUAUGAGCAUCACAGAGGACCCUAUUACCAACAAGCAACAGCAUUUAGAUGUGAUGUGUUUCCCUGUGCUCUUCCCAACUGGGAAGUUUGGAGAGUUCCACCCUAGGAAAGAGAAGAUUUCCCCUAGUGAGUACGUCAAAUCUAGGCUGCUUAACAAGGACUCGCGUUUCCGUAAAGAUGCACAAUAUGUGUUUUACCUUUUGUGGCAGAAGGAAAUGCGACAACUCGCAUCAGGUGUUUACAAUUUGUUAAAGAGUACCAGGAGACAGUCCAUGUCUGUUAACAUGUUACUAGAGCAGGUGAACACCUCAGACGAGCAGCUAGAAGCACGUUUGUGCACAAUGCUCCAGUCAGUCCGUGGUACUAAACAGUUCUGGUUCCUCAGACACAGUGAGCUCAAGUGCAUGAUAAGAGAGUGGGGCUCGCCUACCCUUUUCCUCACCUUUAGCUGUGCUGAGUAUGAGUCCCCUGAUAUCACUGAGUUUCUUAGGAAAGUGAACAAUGUUCCUCCCAGUUACAACAUUGGGAAGCUGUGUGUUGAGGACCCAAUCUCAGUGUCCAGGAAAUUUUCCCUCAAAUUCCAUGCCUUUUUCCGAAAGGUCAUUUUGAAAGGUCAGGUCCUGGGUGUUGUAGACCACUUUUAUUGGAAGAAGGAGUAUCAGAAUCGUGGGGCUCCUCAUUACCAUGUCCUACUCUGGAUUAGAGAUGCACCACUCAUUGAUAGAGAUGAUCCCGAGAAGGUGCUAGACUGGAUCCAGGAUAGAAUCACCUGCCACAUCCCUGAUGAACAGGGUAGCUCUGAGCUGCACAGACUAGUCACCAGGUACCAGAUGCACAAAUGCAGCAAGUACUGU